UAGGACACGUCAGCACUCAAUUUUGUUACACGUUCAUUAUAUGGCAGUCCAAAGUCCUAAAACACUCUUCCGGAUAGCCUUGUAGUGAUACAUGACACCUCGCUCUUGGCGAUACACCCGAUCGCUAAACUUCUAAACAGCAAUAGCAACAGAUGACAUCGAUCAACCGAACUGACAGAUCCGUGUCAGCAAAAAGAGUCAUCAUCAACGAACGAUUUCUUCGCGUACCAGUUUGUAACGUUCUGUGGAAACUGCUGCAUUUGGGUUCCGUCGAAAAUGGCAAAUGCAAACAAGAUGAGGACGCUUUCAAUAGUCAGGUGAUUCAAACCAUCAUUAUUGUAUCCAACGGUUGCCUUUAACGUUACGAAAAUGAGGUUACGAUUUCUCAAAAAGAACCUGCUCAUUAUCCUUGGUGUUUCUUUUAUUAUUGCCACUGUCAUGAUCACAACACGUGUAUUCAUUUCCGAUGAAGUCACGGGUGUUGUCGCUCAGGAAAACAUGUUGCCUGAUGACAAGGCAAAGUUUCAUUACAGUUCUGUUCCAGAAUUGAUCAAGUCUAUUUACAAUGCCAAUUACAAGCAAUACGUUCAGAAUGCGAACAAGUAUCCUGGGGAGACUAAAUUGGUCCUGGUUAUUCAGGUUCACAACAGACCAGACUACCUCAAAAUACUCAUCAAGUCAUUGGAAAAUACAGCUGAGGUCCACAACUUACUGCUGAUUUUCAGCCACGACUAUUUUUCAGAGGAAAUCAAUUACAUAGUGCAAGGGAUAACUUUCUGCAAGGUCUUGCAAAUAUACUUCCCCUACAGCACACAGCUCUAUCCCAGUGAGUUUCCUGGGCAGGAUUCACGGGACUGUCCACGAGACAUAUCCAAGGAUGAUGCUUUAAAAACAGGAUGCCUCAACGCUGAGCAUCCAGAUUCGUAUGGCCACUAUAGGGACGCCUCCAUCACACAGACCAAACACCAUUGGUGGUGGAAACUUCACUUUGUGUGGGAGCGAGUGCAAGCUCUGCAAGGUUACAGUGGCUUUGUUGUCUUCCUCGAGGAGGAUAACUUCAUCUUGCCCGACCUCUACCACCUCUUCAAGGAGAUGGUUAAAUACAGGAAGAGCAGCUGCCCUGACUGUGACAUGCUGGCGCUAGGCAACCACAACGGCCUGGCAGGAUUUGAUAAGCUCAGCAACAAGGUGCAGACUGCCGGGUGGAUGUCUACCAAGCACAACAUUGGCAUGGGCAUUUCCAGAGAGGUGUACUACAAGCUGAUGGGUUGCAACAAUGACUUCUGCUCCUACGAUGACUACAACUGGGACUGGACCCUCCAGCACCUGUCAGGGACUUGCAUCUCCAAGCCACUCAAAGUGCUGGUGGCCCAGGGGUCCAGGGUUCUCCAUACUGGUAACUGUGGGCUGCACCAGAACAAGGAAGCCUGUCGCCCUGAGCUGGCCCUAAAGAAAGCACAGGUGUCCCUUAAGCUUGCCAAAGCUUACCUCUUCCCUCAGUCCCUGGCCCUAACAAAUGCAGAUUCAGUGGAGCACAAGGCUCAUAUGAAAAACGGAGGGUGGGGUGAUAUCCGUGACCAUGUCCUUUGUAAUAACUAUGCCAAACGUCUAUGAACAAUGGACUUCUCAUUCUCAUCUUUUUGAUGUACUGAGAGGGUUGAGUCAACAAGUGCCAUUUAAAAUGUUCAGGGUUCCAAAGGCUGCAGUGUGUUAUAUAUGUUUUUUUUUUUAAAUGAGGUCUUCCAAGGGGUUUGUUAUGGUGUGUAUGCAGCACUGUGAUUUAUAGCUUGGUUGUUAUUACUCUUAUUACCAAAAGUAACAUGAUCGCCAAAUAUAUUUCUUUAUUUUUCAAAACGGAUUAUAAACAAGCUGAUUUUAUUUUUGCUUUUUAAUGUAAAGCAUUACGAUGUUAUACUUCAUAAAAAAUAGCAUACAAUGUUUCAGGACCAGCAGCUAAUUAUUAUGGUGCACAUAAAUUACUUUACAUAGAAAAUAAAACUGAAUCAGCGUUAUACAUCCUUGACUUCUAUUACAUGUUAGAUCGUUGCCAUUUGUAUACAUUCUUCAGAACAGAUAAGAGAGUUGAGCCGUUUGCCCAAAUGGGGUGACGCUUGCCCAGCUUCAGAAUCCCUUACCCAUCUACAAUUAUAAUAGUUGUGCUUUAAAUGAUAUGUGGUGCAUACAGUACAAAUAGAAAACCAACAGCAAAAGUAAUUGUUUGAUAUGUAAUGCACACAGCUAUAGGUUGUAUUGUAUAUAGAAAGUGACAAUCAUGAAAUGUCUUGUUAUAUAUAUGCCACUAAACCAAUGAUCACUUUGUGGCUGACAAUUGGUUUUACUGGGGAAUUACUUACUGUACAUAAACUACAGUAUGACAUUU